GAAGUCAGGAAAAUUAAAAAAAAAUGCUGUGGUCACGAAGCAGAUAAGGUACCCUCGAAAAUUCUGUUCCCUCGCAGUUCCCAGUUGCCAUUCCCACCAUACCAUCCGAGCAAAGAAAUUUAAAAGGCAAAACAGUGCACGAGUUGGGAAAUAAAUAUAAAUUUAAAUUAAUACGAAUAAAAUCAAAAUCCUCUCCGUCACUCACAAACAGAAUCAGUUGAGUGAAGCAUCACAUGGCGAUGGCAUUUGAAACGAGUCGCUUUUGUCUAUCGCGCCCAACCACUUCAACACACUUCUUCUUCUCAUCCAAUCUCAAACCACUCAAACCUAUUUCGCUUCCUUCUCGAUUCUUCCAUUGCCGAUCGAAACGCCUCGUUUUGAUGCCGAGACUUGUGGUAAAAGCUUGCGCGGUGAACGUUGAGGAGAAGAAUGUCGCAUCAGGAAAAGGAGGAGAAGCUUGGGGGAAUGUUUCUGCAGUGUUGUUUGACAUGGACGGUGUGCUCUGCAACAGCGAAGAGCCUUCUAGAAGAGCCGCCGUCGAUGUGUUCGCUGAGAUGGGCGUCCAAGUCACCGUCGAAGAUUUUGUGCCGUUCAUGGGAACCGGGGAAGCAAACUUUUUGGGAGGGGUUGCUUCUGUUAAAGGAGUUAACGGAUUUGAUCCUGAUGCUGCAAAAAAGAGGUUCUUUGAAAUAUAUUUAGAUAAGUAUGCAAAACCAGAUUCUGGAAUAGGAUUUCCAGGUGCCCUUGAACUCAUUUCUCAGUGUAAAAGCAAAGGGCUUAAAGUGGCUGUUGCAUCUAGUGCUGAUCGCAUAAAGGUUGAUGCAAAUUUAGCUGCUGCGGGUUUACCAUUGUCAUUGUUUGACGCGAUUGUCUCAGCAGAUGCUUUUGAGAAUUUGAAACCUGCUCCUGAUAUUUUCUUAGCUGCAUCCAGAAUAUUGAAUGUGCCCCCCAGUGAGUGUAUUGUUAUAGAAGAUGCACUAGCUGGAGUGCUAGCUGCCAAAGCUGCACAAAUGAGAUGCAUAGCUGUAAGGACCACAUUAUCAGAUGAGGCUUUGGAAUCUGCUGACCCAGCACUUAUCCGUGAUGACAUAGGAAAUGUUUCACUUGAUGAUAUUCUCAGUGGUGGCUCUAUUGGAUAUAAUAAGAGGAUGCAGGGCUCUGAAACACUAAAUAAUUCUCCGCAAUCUUCGUCUGACGUGCUUGCUGCAAAAACUACCGGGGAACAUAAUGGAAUUUUCUCAACUGGAGGGUUUCAGGGUUCUCGGCGAGAUAUACUGAGAUUUGGUAGUCUGGGCAUAGCUAUCUCUUGCCUUGUCUUCACCUUAAGUAACUGGAAGGCUAUGCAAUAUGCUUCCCCUAAAGCUGUUUGGAAUCAAUUGUUUGGUGUUACCCAGCCUCCAAUAGAUAACUCAAGAUAUGAUAGGAUCCAACAAUUUGUGAACUACAUAUCUGAUCUGGAAAGCAGGGGAAAUAUGCAAAUUGUUCCAGAAUUUCCGUCUAAACUUGAUUGGUUCAAUACAGCUCCGCUUCAGUUUCGCAGGGACCUGAAAGGGAAAGUUGUGCUGCUGGAUUUCUGGACUUAUUGUUGUAUAAACUGUAUGCAUGUGUUGCCAGACCUAGAUGUUUUGGAGAAAAAAUACAAAGAUAUGCCGUUCGUUGUUGUGGGUGUUCAUUCUGCAAAGUUUGAUAAUGAGAAAGAUUCUGAAGCCAUUCGCAAUGCAGUUCUACGCUAUGGCAUCACUCACCCAGUUGUCAAUGACGGAGACAUGUAUCUUUGGCGGAAGUUGGGUGUAAAUUCAUGGCCAACAUUUGCUAUUGUUAGCCCCAAUGGUAAGCUCCUUGCACAACUUGCAGGAGAGGGUCACAGAAAGGAUCUUGAUGAUUUUGUGGAGGCAGCCCUUUUGUUUUAUGGAAAAGAAAACAUGUUGGACAAAACACCAAUUACGUUGAGUUUGGAGAAAGAUAAUGAUCCUCGCCUAUUGACAUCUCCCUUAAAGUUUCCUGGAAAGCUGGCAAUUGAUGUCCUUAAUAACAGGCUUUUUAUUUCUGACAGCAACCAUAACCGCAUAGUUGUUACUGAUCUUGAUGGGAAUUUUAUUCUACAAAUUGGGAGUAGUGGGGAGGAAGGAUUGCAGGAUGGUUCCUUUGAUGAUGCCACCUUUAACCGCCCUCAGGGCCUUGCUUAUAAUGCAAAGAAAAAUAUCCUUUAUGUUGCUGACACCGAAAACCAUGCUUUGAGGGAAAUUGAUUUUGUUAAUGAGAAAGUGCGGACUCUUGCUGGAAAUGGGACCAAGGGAACCGAUUAUAUAGGAGGAGGAAAAGGAGAUACUCAGCUCCUCAAUUCCCCUUGGGAUGUCUGCUUUCAUCCAUUUGAAGAAAAAAUUUAUAUUGCCAUGGCUGGCCAACAUCAGAUUUGGGAGCACAAUUUAUUGGAUGCAACUACGAGAGCAUUUAGUGGUGAUGGUUAUGAAAGAAAUUUAAAUGGAUCAAGUUCUUCAAGCACAUCAUUUGCACAACCUUCUGGUCUUUCAUUGUCUCAAGACCUAAUGGAGAUCUACAUUGCUGAUAGUGAGAGUAGUUCAAUUCGAGCUCUUGAUCUGAAAACAGGAGGAUCUCAGUUGUUAGCUGGUGGUGAUCCAAUUUUCCCUGAAAAUUUGUUUAAGUUUGGUGAUCAAGAUGGAAUAGGCUCCAACAUACUUCUUCAACAUCCACUGGGAAUUAUGUGUGGAAGUGAUGGUGAAGUCUAUAUCACAGAUAGCUACAAUCACAAGAUCAAGAAGCUAGAUCCAACUAGUAAAAGAGUUAGCACCAUUGCAGGGACAGGAAAAGCUGGUUUCAAAGAUGGAACAGCUGUAAAAGCUCAGCUUUCUGAACCGUCAGGAAUUGUUGAAGGGAAGAAUGGGAGACUAUUCAUAGCGGAUACAAACAACAGCUUAAUCCGAUAUCUAGAUUUGAACACUGGUGAAAUUGAACUCCGUACCUUGGAGCUUAAAGGGAUUCAGCCUCCUAAACCAAAAUCAAGAUCUUUUAAACGUCUUAGAAGACGACCAUCAGCUGACACGGUGCCAAUUACCGUUGAUGCCAUUUCAUCAAAUGAGGGAAACUUGUCCAUUCAAAUAUCAUUACCGAAUGAGUAUCAUUUCUCAAAGGAAGCACGCAGUAGAUUCAGCGUGGAUAUUGAACCUGAAGAUGCUGUGAACAUUGAUCCCGUCGAUGGACUUCUUAGUCCAGAAGGAUCUGCAACCCUUCACUUUAAGAGAUCCUCUAACACUGCUUCAAUUGGAAGAAUUAAUUGCAAGAUUUACUUUUGCAAGGAAGAUGAAGUUUGUUUGUACCAGUCGGUGCUAUUUGAGGUCCCCUUCCGAGUGGGAGCUUCAAACUCUGCCAGUCCAGACGUCACUCUUGCACAUUUUGUGAAACCCAAAACUUCAACCAACAGCUUACUGCAGCCAGUUGUACCGUGACGACUUAACCAGGUUCAUUUAGCGCAUCAAUCUCUUGCUCAUCUUUUGUUUGCAAUAUAUAAUAAUAUUCAAAUGUUUGAGGGUCAUGAUCUUUUGAUAUAAUCCAUCAUAGCUAACAGAAGUCAAGGUUUUUGUCUGGCUCUUCUCGCUGCUAUGAAGAGGUCUUCAUUGUGUAGCCAUAAAUAAUAUAUUAACGGUUUUGUGGAUAAGCAAGAAAUGGAUUGCCUACUUAGUCGGACACGUGCACAGUUGCGUUUUAUCCAUAUCAAUAAUUGAUUAUAGCAGUUGCGCUUGCUGGUCAAUAGUUGAACAUAUAUUUUCAUUUAAAGUACUGAAUGGUUAACAUUAGUUUUCGGAAAAUGACUUUACAAGAAAAAAAAAAAAGUGCAUUUUGUGAAUUAUUUAAUAUCAGUCCUUUUUAUCAUGAUUUCUUAAUCAAUAUUCCUUUUAACUUAUAUAUAACAGUUGUGCUUUUUAAUGAAGACUUUUUAUUUAUUGAUUUCUUAAUCAAUAUUCCUUUUAUUUAAUGUAUAAUUUUAUUAUAUCAUGACUAAAAUAACUUCAUUUAUAUUUCACUUAUUUCAUUUUUUGUUAUUUAACUUACUAUUUGAUAGAUGAAGAAACGCGAUAUAUGGGAGAUGUCAUUAUGAUGGUGGGUUGAAGUAAUUAUAUUCAUAACAUUAAAUAAGGGUAUAUUUUUUUGAAAAAUAAUCUUAGAUUUCUAAAAUAACAAGUUUUAAAACAUAAGUUAAAAUUAACAACUAGAAAAGAUAUGUAAUGUAAGGAGUACUUUUAAGAUAUUGGUUAACGAGAUUAUUAUUUUUUAGUUCCUAGUUGAUGCAAUGAAGUAUGUGAGGCCUUUUCCCCAGCUAGCAAAGCGAUAUAAUGGGUACAGGUUAGCCUUGUGUGAUAAACAUGGUAUUAAGAAGUGAACAUAAAAAUACAUGGUAUUAAGAUAAGAUGGUCAAACCCGUUAGUUUCACCUAAUCCCAAAUUGAGCAGCCACUGGCUAACCAAUUUCUAGUAGUUUGGUUCAACUGCAAAGCACGAUAUUAUGGGCUUAUCUUUAUAAUUGAAAAAUGAAUGGGUACUUUUGUUUAAUGAAAAUGCAAGUAAAGAAUUCACCUUGCAAUUUAGGAAAGGAAUUUUUGGAAGUGUAAAUAUGAUAACGGAUAUUAUAAUGUCCUACUCAGACCCGGUGCACGUCCUAAACCGGGCCGUCUUUAAUUCUUUAUUCUUCAAAGAGUAAAGAGUGAAGACUUGAGAUCAAUUUUCGACCUUAAAUCACUUUAAAAUCUGAAAUGCAAAUUGUGCGCUGGGGCAGAAAGCAAUCAGUGUAAUGUAUAAUAAUCGAGUUUCGCCUCUUGAUAAUGAGCUCCUUAUUAAGAAACUUGUACUCCGUUAACCAGUGAAAUUUCUGAGAAGGGAAGGAUCCCAAUCUCACUUACAUAGUUUUCUUGUUAUGGACUGUGUGAUGAAAGCAUACUCCGAUUAUUAUUUCUUUGCUAAAGGCGAGAAUCAUUGUACGGGUUAAGUUCAUUGUUUAAUAUUAUUUCAAUUGACACUGGGAGAGAUUAGACAGCCAAGCAUGUCUCUUUCAAAGUGGCAAGGUUCUCUUGCAUGUCACUGGAUAGGAGGUUGAUCUGCUUUUCAGAUUAGUUUCUGAUUUCUCAGUUAGGGACUUGGCAUUUUUAUAUUUUACUUUUUAGUUCAUAAUAUUGUAUAAUCAUCUCGAAGCUCAGCGAGCAAUUAAAUCAGGUCGUCGCACAAAACGAAGUGUGAACCAAUAACGCAGACCCGGACUACGGCGAGAAGGAAGCAAUGUGAAUCCAACUCCAAGGUUCCCCUUAUUUAAAAGGAAAAUAUAAACCAGACCCGGGUAGAAAAGUGCUUUGAUAAAACAACAUGCACUCCCUCUAAUCAUUGCCAGGAAUAAAACAAAUAAGUCCAGCCCCAUUUGCAGAACCAAUCAAUGCAUGCCAAAAUAUUUCGUUAUCCAAUAUACCAUUGCCAUGUCAUAAAUGCCUUUAAAAGGGUUAUUUAUUUUGUAAUACUUUUUAAAAAAAAUAUUAAAAUAAUAUCUUUGGGCCAAACUUGUUUUUUGUUAAAUCAAUUUUGAAUUUAAAUUACUGAGAAUAAGUGAAGACACAUGAAAUUAGUUUUAAAAUAAUAUUAUUUUGAUAAUUUGUUUUUUAAAAAAUAUUAAAAAUUUAACAAGCCCUUUUAAAAGAUUUUGUUUUCAGGUACUAAAGCCUUCACUUUAUCUACCUUUUCGCGAAACAACGUUCAUAUAAUUACAAAAAUGAAAAUUACAAUUAUCAAUUUUAAAGCGUUAACGUACGAUCGCUGCACGUAAAGGGAAGAAACAAAGUGAAUUUUAACAUUAUAAUAAUAGUUUCUAUUGCUUUUAGCACAUGGCACCGAUUUGUCAAGGAUUCAGUUAGGCUUUUCCUUCGUUU